AUGGACGGCUUCGAUGUUACCAAGGCUCCUCCUGAGUACCGAGCUGUUGAGCCCAUUGCCAACCUCUUCGUCCUGGGCAUGGGUGUCGGCUGGCUGAUCAAUUAUGUGGGCAUGGUUUACAAGUCAUUCAAAGAUGAGACCUAUGGAAUGGCCAUCAUGCCCUUGUGCUGCAAUAUCGCCUGGGAAGUUGUGUACGGCAUAAUCUAUCCCUCCAAGAGCUGGGUGGAGCAAAGUGUUUUCCUUGCGGGACUUAGCAUCAAUUUUGGUGUUAUGUACGCUGCUGUUAGAUUUGCACCAAACGAGUGGACCCAGGCCCCUCUGGUGAUGCGCAACCUUCCACUUAUCUUUGCUCUAGGAACGUUCGGUUUCUUGACUGGCCAUUUGGCCCUGGCAGCAGAAAUCGGCCACUCGCUUGCUUACUCGUGGGGGGCCGUGGGGGAGCACACGUGGCGCUUCUUACACCCUAUGGCUCUCUCGUUUUUUGGGAUCGUCGUGCACGGUGAUAUUCGCAUCCCUGAGAUGGAAAUACUGGCCUGA